UUUAUACGACAUUUAUAAUAUAAUAUAAAGUGAUUAAAAAUUUCAAGAUUUUAGUUUUUAAUUGAAAAUUAAUUCAUACACGCGCACGCAUAUAUAACGUGCACAAUCGGGACUUGCAUUUGGACAAAACAUAUUUUAAUAAAUACUUUCUUUUGAUAAGUUGCAACGACCCUGUCAUGAUAAAACGCUGAUGUGUUUGGUUAUUAUGAUUACAACCGAGUAUCAUUAACGCGUGUCUUUUUGACUUUGGAGCAGCUAAGGCAAUAUUGUCGCUGCGACAGUCGAACAAUACAGAACGAUCUUCUGUUUCUCGUGGCGCUGGUCGAAGUCAGGACUCCUAUCCGACAAUCAUCGCAUUAUUCAACGGACCGUGGAACGGCGUUUAAUUAUUCGUUUAGCAGGUUCGAUGAUUGUUGUUGGAGCUCUCGCUCGCACGGUACAACGCAAUACAAUGCGCGAGAUUAAUUUCGGAAGAUUGUCACUCUAGACGUGUAUUUACCUCCGUUCAUGUGUGUUUACACUUUUUACAACAUAUUGUGCAAGUGCUGUUUGACAAGGUAGCACGAAAAGUGACGCCGGUGAGACGUCGGGCAUUUUGUGUCCGUGAGGCAAAGCGAUCAGACGAAAAGUUCAUUUCGUCAUGGAGUAUCGUGGCAUGUGUUGCAUUAGUGUGUCGCUCGUGGCGAGGAUAAUCGGGGCGUACACGAUGUCCACCUCGCUUUUAUUAAUAAACGUGUUGGUAAGUAACUUUUUCUCAAGGAAGGGGGAUGAUGAUUUUUUCGAAUCUAUCAAAACUUGGGCUAUUUUGGGAGUAAAUUGGAUGCAGGCAAUCAGAUAUACGCAUCUGCAGAAAAAAGCGCAAACCGCUUUGAUAUGUUUUCUCAUAUAUGCCAUCACGUUUUUGUUGGCCAGUGCAUAUCUCGCUUUAGGAUCGAUAUUGAGGAGACAUAUGAGUGCCGUGCCUUGGAUGUAUUUGCAAAUGAUUAGCGUGAUAGAUCAAACCGUGGCGCUAUCUAAUCAUAUAAUACAUGAACAGCAGAGUACUUUAUAUUUGUGGUACAUUACGGUAUGCAGCAUCUAUUUGAUGAUGAGCGUGUAUUCUUGGAUGAUCGUGGAAGCAGCUCGAAAUCAAUGGUACGACGAGCGGAACCAAAUUGCAAAUAUUGAACCAAAUAUAUUGGAUUUUGUAUCAACAACGUCAACAAGUAGCAGUUCGAAGUCACCGUCUUUCCUUUCACAAAAUUUUUCAAUGUUUGAAUCAUCGCGUCCGCCGAUGAUUCUGCCUAAAUAGCAGGAAGUCCGUAAACCGUGGACAAAUCCGAAAUGAGACUGCCGCCUGAGGCGAGCUGUUGCAAAAAUUUACAAGAUUACAAGAAAGAUUUUUACAAAACAAUGAGAGAAAGACUGAUAGAUUUCUUUCGUAAUAUACGAACGUUAUCUGCCAUCAUAAUUUAAGACUCACACGCCCUACAUGUAGUAUGUAGUAUAUAUAUUUAUUAACUAAAUAAUAUGAGUCAACUCAUUCCGCGAUAUAAAUAAAUAUCUACUUAUAAACAUCAAUCAUGUUUAAAGUAUGUAAUGAAAAUUUUUCUACAAAAUUCAUAAAAUUAUAUUCUUUCAUUAAUAUAAUUUUUAAAAAUUUAAUUUGAUAGGUUAUUAUUGUGUAACGUAGUUAAUCUUGUGCGAAGUUUGUUGUACUUAAUACGCGCAAAAAUUUAAUUAAAUAAGAUUUUAGUUUAAAAGAAACAUUACAAGAAAUUAGAAGAUAUGUCUGUUAAACAGUUUAAUUAACAAAGUAAUUAUAAAACAUACAUAUACAGUACAAAUAUAGAACACGUUUCCGUGAGCAUAGGAGUGUGUAGGACUGCACUUUGCUUUGUAUGAAAAACACAAGGUCUAUAAUAUUCUGUUUUACAUGAAUUUUCGACUUUCUACGCGAAAUGAGAUCCACUCUACACUGCUUACAAAGCAAAACGUCUAUAUUACUGACCCCGUAAUUGUUUUUUACCUCUUUUUGUUAAUAACUGUUUAUAAAGACAUGUUUCUUUCUAAAAAUUAUACAUUUCUUUUUUAUAUUAAUUUUGUUGAUUGUUGUAAAGAAAAUUUGGGUUUUUGAGGAAGUGGCAUUUACCAUAAUUAAGUUUAAUAAAAAAAUUUAAGUUUAAUCAAAUAAUGUAAAUUCCAAAUAAGGAACACGGAAAUUUUUGUUAAAAGAAUAUUUAAUUAUUCGAGAUUAUUGAUCUCGGUGUAUUCAUUCGUAUGCUAUGUAGUAUUUGUGAGGAUUUAGAUGUUAAGCAGAAACCCAUUGAUCUUUCCUGCCUAAUGGAAUAUACGCGAAUACCACUAAACUUCCCUGCGGUAAAUCCCGGUUUCGAAACGGGGAAAAUGCAUAAUAAUGCGGAGAGUAACUUCAUAAAUCAGUCGGGAGAUGCGACUAAUAGAGUGUAUCAAAUGCGCCCCCGGCGAAGCGCGCUUGCAUAGAAAAUAUGAGGAAUGGCCGCGUUUUACGUCGAAAUACUUUUAAACUUCAUGGACUCAAAUCGCACGCAAGCAUAUUCGCUAUACAGGAUCGACCGUCUUCAGAUAGAGGUCGAUUUGUCCGAGAAUGGCCGCAACUUUUCGCAAUACUCUUGAGAAUGGUGAUCAAGUGUACAAUAGAUGAUGGAGAAAAGCUCCCGAUACGAUUUAUUGAAGAUGUUUUUUGUCGAUUUUAUUGAUUUCAUAUAUAAUAUAUUUAUGUUUGCAAGGAGGUAUACUUUAAUAAUAGCACACAUAACAUUUAUAUGUUAUAAUGCGUAUACGAGGGAAAAAGAGCAAUUUUAUAUUUUAUUAAAUAUAAGAGUAAUUAUUUCAAUAAAUAUUACUUCAAAAGUAAAUGAGAUAAUCUAAAAUUUCGUUUGAUAAGCUCUUUUUAUCUCUAGAAACAGAUAAAUGUUUAGGUUGAAAUUUGUUCAGUUGAAUUCUCUCCGAACAUUCCUUCUAUUCGAGGGGAACGUGAAUUGUAUAUCCCACAUUUAAAGGAGUGUUAGGUAGAUUCGAACUCGGGGUAGACUCCAACUUCUAUUCCGUUCGCUUAGAAUAUAGUUCCAAAAUUAGAACCGUAAGGCUUUAUUUUACCGAUACGAGUCCUUUCGACUCCAAACAUCUUACAUCUUAAUUACAGUAUAUGCAAGUGAGAACUGAUUUUGUUAACAUACAUAUCUCUUCCAUUGUAUUAUACCUGGCCAUAACAUAUGAUUAUAAAAUAGUUGAUAAAGAAAA